UAGCAAAGUAGUCUAUACUAUAACUGGAGAAGAACUAGAUAAUUCAUUUUCAAACCUUUUUAGUGCGAUAAUUGCUGCAUAUAAUUGGAAUUCAAAUUUAUUUGAUACGUGGGGAUUUUGGUCUCUCAUCAUAAUUGGUGUGGUUGGUAAUAUAGGUUUUAUUAUCAUACUACAAAAUGUUAUUAUUUCAUUUAUAAGUGCGUCUUUUGAGAAUGCUGAUAAAAAUGGAAAACGUGCCAUUCUCAGCUUUCAAAGUAGAUUGAUUUAUGAUUAUGCAAAUCUUGAAGGUUCUGCUUUUACUUCAAAAAAGAAUAAAUGUAAAGCUUGGGAAUCAACUCCAAUGUAUUUGGAUGCUGAAAGUCAAAUACAUACCGAACAUGAUAACAAAUUUUUUAUUGAUGAUGAUAAUAUGAAAUCUAUUUUGGCUUCAGACAAUGAUAAUAAG